AUGGGCAACAUCAUCUUAGCCACGCUAUACUCACGUCAAGAGAACUCGUGUUGGGAAUUUUUUACUGCUUCCGACUUAAUGUUGGAUCAAAUGGAGAAGCAGACGUUCUUGACUGCCACACCAAGUUGGAUGGAUUUGAUCGCACAUUAUUGCAAUAGUGUGCUAUCAACGCUGGCAAUGGUACUCAUAAGUGACGUUACCACUUCGCUAAAACAACCCAAGAUGGCUCCGAUUCUUGUCGACGCGGCUUGUCAGACUGAAAAAGACACAAUUUAUUCAGAGCUGACGAUUACGAAGUGUAAUUUGCAGUCUUAUCACGCAGCACACAGCAUGCAUGACAUUAUACAUGACAGCUACUCCUGCACAAGUGAGAUGACUGAGUGCUGCACAAGUGAGACGACUGAAUCCUGCACAAGUGAGACGACUGGAUCCUGCACAAGUGAGACGACUGAAUCACCCAUUGACGCCGAAAACGACGAGCGUAGGGAUAAUUUUAAUGAAUGGAAAGAUAAACACUCAUCAGCUGAUCACUUGUUCCAAGCUACUUACGACGCUUACGAUAAGCUUUGCGAUUACGAGCCACAAGCAGAGAAAUUGCCGCUUGAUAGUGCCAUCGAGUGCCCCCAUAGCGGAGAAACACUGCGCUCGAUUAACGUCAAAGACUAUCUCUGCAUGUGCGGUGAGUGCCCACAGUACAAAGAGAUCGCACACGAUGUCACGGUCACAUUGAAGGGAGCACGCUGCAAUUUUCUGCAGAAACAAAGCAUUAUACAUCUCCUCCAAGCUUUUUCGACGUAUAAUGAAGUGAUGGGCUACCACGUGGACAUGAUCCCCACAGCAUAUGACUGUCUGCGCGUUUGGUCUGGUGAUCACGACAAAGCGUUUCAGCAUUUUGUCACCAUAUACGACAAGUUUUCCACUCCUGUGGAAUAG